AGCUCAGAAAAAAGAGGCCAAUGGCGGAUUAUCGAAAACAAGGGGAUGUUGCUGUACUGCAUGCUAACAACCCUCCAGUGAAUGCAUUGAGCUACCAUGUGCGUCAAGGUCUUUAUGAUGGUAUAGAAGCAGCAGAAAAGGACCCCAGUGUCAAGUGCAUUGUAAUCUGUGGAAAAGGAAAAACUUUCCCAGUUGGAGCAGACAUCAGAGAAUUUGCAUCUGGAUCGGCUAAAAAAUUUCCAAACCUGAUAGAAGUUUGUGACAAGAUAGAGGCCUGCACCAAGCCUGUAGUAGCAGCUAUCCAUGGGUUUGCCCUGGGGGGUGGCCUGGAGAUCUCCCUGGGGUGUCACUAUAGGAUAGGUGGGACCUCUUGCAAGGUUGGAUUCCCAGAGGUGAACAUUGGUGUGUUACCAGGUGCCGGGGGGACCCAGAGACUGCCCAGGGUGAUAGGCCUGAAACCCUCACUGGACAUUAUCACCAGUGGAUGCCAUGUGGGUGCUAAGGAGGCUCUGAAACUGGGAAUUCUGGAUAAGAUAGUCCAAGGUGACGUUGUCACAGAAGGAAUCAAGUUUGCCAAAUCCGUGCAGAACCAACCUCUGCAUGGAAGACGAGUCAGCACAAUGGCCGUACCGGAUGUCAGUCAGGCCAAUGCACUGUGCAACAGUGCAAUGGCAGAAGUGAAAAGAAAAUCCAGUGGUUUAUUGGCGCCUGUGGCCUGUGUGAAGUCUUUGAGAGUUGCUGCACAAACCCCAUAUAAAGAUGGAAUAAAAAUAGAGAGCGCCCUUAUGUUACAACUGAUGACUUCAGGACAAGCCAAAGCAUUGCAAUAUGCUUUCUUUGCUGAGAGACUGGCAUCUAAGUGGCAAGUACCUGGUGGAGCCAGCCAUGCCACAGUGACACCUAGGCCUGUGAAGUCGUGUGCUGUGGUGGGGGGAGGUUACAUGGGCAGUGGCAUUGUGAUGUGUAUUCUGAAUGCUGGACUGCCUUGCAUAUUAGUGGAGGCAAAUCAAAAGUUUUUAGACAGAGGCAUUAAGAUGAUACAAGGUCUGUAUGCAGGGAGCGUCAAGUUGGGCAAAAUGUCUGAGCAAGAUGCAAAGAAGACGCUGUCACUUCUGAAGCCAACUUUAAGAUACGAGGAUUUGAAAGAUGUUGAUGUAGUUAUAGAAGCAGUAUUUGAAGACAUGAAAUUGAAACAGGAAGUAUUUGGCAAGUUGGACAAAGUGUGCAAAAAGGACGCUCUACUCUGUAGCAAUACGUCCACUUUGAAUAUAGACAAGAUAGCCUCAGCAACCAGGAGACCAGACAGAGUAAUGGGGAUGCAUUUCUUUGCCCCUGCCUACUACAUGAAACUUCUGGAGAACAUACGGGGUGCCGAGACGUCACCACAGACUGUUGCCACGGUAACACAGCUAUCAGUCAAGAUUGGAAAGGUGCCUGUCCUGGUUGGUAACUGCCAUGGCUUUGUUGGUAAUAGGAUGAUGGCUCCAUACACAACAGAGGCUCAGCGUCUGCUGGAGGAAGGUGCCUAUCCUCACCAGGUAGAUCAGGUGAUAGAAGAGUUUGGCAUUCCCAUAGGUCCACUGAAAGUUGGGGAUCUGACAGGACUUGAUGUAUCUUGGAAGAUUACGAGAGAGGUUUCAAGGAUGCUGGGUUUGGAUCACACUAAAAGGGAGGACGUAGAACCUUUUGGGCUUUAUUUUCCUGUCAGAAAUGCUCUUUAUGAGAAGGGGAGGCUUGGGAGAAAAACUGGAGCUGGAUUUUACAAGUACGAGAAGGCAGGUAGUAAGGUAGCCAUACCUGACCCCCUAGUGAUGGACAUCAUUGACCACCACUGUAGGGAGGAGGGCAUUGACAGGAGAAGGAUUCCUCCUCAGGAGAUCUACGAGCGCUGUCUCUACAGCCUGAUCAAUGAAGGAUUUAAGACUCUGGAGGAGGGUAUUGCUGCCAGACCAGAGGAUGUGGACAUCAUUUGGUUGCUAGGUUAUGGGUGGCCUAGGUACACAGGCGGACCCAUGCACUUCGCCUCCCAGAUUGGACUGAGGAGACUGUAUGGCAGGAUUGAGUAUUACCACAACAAGUAUCCUGACAGAGAUCACUGGACCCCCAGCAGACUUCUGAAGACUCUGUCACAGCAAGAGCACCCUGUUCCUUUGGCCCAGUGGGGACAGUUUGCCUCCACCACCAGCAGGCUGUAGAGAGGAUUAGGUUCUGGAUGUAUUCAGAGCAGAACCAGUUUAAAUCAGAGUCACAUCCAGAUGACCUAAUCAGAAGUUUAGGUUGCAUUAAAUUAGGCAUGGAAUACGUAGAAUGCCCGAUCGGAUUGAUUUAAAACAAAUAUUUUAAAGAAAUGUCUUGAGUCAUAUUACCUUGUCAAUUGGGUAAUAUAUCACAUUUUAGUGGCAUUUGUUGACAUAUACAUAGAUGGCGCCACCUUAUUGUUAAGCUUGGAUAGAGAAAUCGUUGUCAACAACCUUGUCUGAGGUAUGAAAAAAUGAAUAAUUUAUAUCAAUUAAAUAUUAAUUUUAAUUAUAGUAAAUGAUGUCCAUGAAAGGUGCAAUGAUCUUGAUGCCAAUUUUUAAAUGACAUUUUAUUAUCAUUUCAUUGCAAUCUGGCUUUGAAGAGCCAAGAACAGUGCCAUGUUCUUGCUUCCAACAGAGUGGCAUAUUUUCAAGCUUCAUGAAAAUUUUAUUACUGCAAUGUGUCCUUUGAUACCAGUAAUACUACAGGGUAGUAUAGGCAUAUUAAGAUUAGAUGAAAACAGAUGAUGUUUCAACUAGAGAAAUGUGUGGCUUCUUGUUUAUAGCCAUCAAGACCAAUCAGUAUUUUGCAGUUUUUUGAAAUGAAAUGUUUGUGAACACGUAAUUUAGGGUUUUCGUCAGCUGAUUAGAAAUGCUGAAGAUGCAUUUGGGGGUUUGGGUUGGGGUCGAGGGAACUUUCCUUUUGAUCAAAAAGUCUAAUGUGAAUGAAAAUUUGUUCUAGAUUUUGUGAAACUAAGGUGCUUCUUGUAUAACUUUAUGCUAUUUACUUGUAAUUAAUGCAUGCUCAUCACAAACUUGCAGUAUUUGUUACUGAAUUGUUGAUAUACAAAAAUUGUUGCAGAAUAAUAUAUAUGAUAAUUUAUAUUUUUAUAAAAUGACUAUGGACUGAAUAAAUA